GCGCGGUGGAAUACGGAAGUGAAACAGUAGUGUACGCCAGCUCCCGGGCAUGUUCUUUAGAAACGCCCGUUACAUUGACGAGCCGAGCCGUGGCUCAGGACUGUAAAGACAACCUGACCCCCAAUCAGACAUGCAAUGACGCCGUAUGAUGCGAACAAGCCUCCGUCAAGGUCGCACUAAAUGCUGUUUGGUAGGUCAAUAGUGGGACAGCCGGAGAUAUCAUGGUCUCACUGUUGCAUUUUGAGUACUACCUCCCUCUCAUCCCCCUUCCUCGACUGCCUACCCAACUAAAACGGCGGGAGGCGAAUCAAUGGUGGCGGAGGGGAGUGCGAUGAUGUCUGCGGACGAACUGCAUAAUGGGCUAGAAUUUCUCCUACAUCCAGUUGACAGAUUCCCGCUGACAGAAGUCACUGCUGAUGUUGAGCAGCCAGAUCCACCGGCGCUCAUGGACGUCCGGCGGUCAGCGCCGCCUACUGCCGACUCUUCUUGUGCCGUUGUGGUUGGCCACCUCGGUGUCUCCUCUGGGCAUAACAGAUCUGCUGGCAAGAGGCCGCUUUCACCAACCAAAUCCGCCGAGUCCACUAGGAAGGUUAACCCCGAGGCACCAGGAUGGACAAGAAGGCUGCGAAUUGGGCGCGCUCCUCUGGACAGAGUGCCAUGUGCCGGUAGAGUUACUCCUUUGGAAGAAACCAUAAGGAGAUAUGCUGACAAACCUUCGGAAAAUGUAGUAAAACCAAAGAUUGGGAUGAGUUUUGAUUCCCUCGGCGAAGCGGGAAACACGAGCAACAGAAUAGCCGUUCUUGCUGCUGCGAGUGCCAUGCGAUGGUCAGAUUACUAAGAGCUGUAGACAAUGGAUGGUACAUUGCUGAGCACUGGUCAAGCCACAAUCAUUCCAUGUCUCUUACAUGCAGAGAAAAAGUUCAUUGGCCGUCCCUCAAACACAUAGACGUGUACACAAAAGAUUUGGUGAAGCAUCUAAGGGCGAACAAUGUGAACCUCAGCAAGGUGUAUAGCAUAGUUGGCAGCUUCUUUGGUUCAUCACAUAGCGUGUCUUUUACAAAAAGGUCAUUACGCAAUCUGUGUGGAUGAAUAAGCCGAGACCAAGCUGACGAUGAUGUCAACAAAACCUUAGUUGUGUUCAAAGAGAUUCAGCCGAAUGACCCGGAAUUCACGUACAUGGUCCAGGGUGAUGAGGAAAGCAGAAUAAAAAAACUUAUGUGGACAAACGGAAACAGCAAGUUGCAGUACAAGUUCUUUGGUGAUGUUAUUACAUUCGACGUAUCGGACCAACUUGUAUGACAUGCCCUUUGCUUUGUUCGUUGGUGUGAACAAUCACUUUCAAAGCAUAAUACUUCCUGGUGUCCUGAUGCGUGAUGAGCAAGUCGAGAGCUUCUAGUGGGUAUUUUCUGAAUUCAUCAACAUGAUGGGCGGGAAGCAUCCACGAACAAUAUUGACAAGUGUGUGCGAAAAGCUUGAAAAUAACGAUGCAUAUGUAGAUAUGUAGUACUGGAUAAAUGCAAAAAAAAAAUGACUAUGUUUGCCAUGUUGUCCACAUUGUAGAUCAAGCAAGAUCCAGGGAGAUAGCGAUCAAGAGUGAGCUCCCUGAUACUGUGCACAGGUGGUGCAAGUGGCAUGUUCCUAAGAAAGCAAAGGAGAACCUUGGCCCACUAUACAUAAGCAAAAGCGAGUUCAGGGCUGAAUUUCACAAAGUCAUGAAUCACAUGAUAAGUGUGGAGGAACUUGAGACUGCAUGGGGUGCACUUGUUGAGAAAUACAAUUUGAAAACCCACAAUUACAUGACAAACCUUUACAAGAUACGUCGAAAGUGGGCGAAGCCGUACUUCAAAGGUGUCUUCUGUGCCAAAAUGACUAGCACCCAGCGCAGCGAGAGCGUCAACAACAUGCUGAAGAUUUACAUGCCGCCAUCUAGCCCAAUGCAUGUAUUCGUGCGCCAGUACACGAGGCUUCAAUUCGACUGUGAAUCAGAUGAGAGCUACCAAGAGAAAAGAACAAGGAUUAGUGGUGCUGUGAUGAGGACCAACAUUUCUAUCGAAAGGCACGCGAGUAAGAUUUAUACAAGAAAGAUGUUUGAAUUAUUUGGUGAGAAUCUGUUCGAAGGUGGUUCAUACCAAGUUGAGGAAUUGCAAAAGAAAAAGAAAUAUAUCGCAAGGCACAAUGACGCUGAAAAAAGAGAGAAGUGAAGCAAGGUGGAAUAUGUAGUGACAAUACCGAAAGAAGGUGAUUAGUUCGAUUGUGAAUGCAGGCAGUUUGCCCACUUGGGGAUGCUUUGCUGCCAUGCCUUGAAGGUUAAUUGCUCACUAAAAACUUACAUGUGAUUUUUCUCGUCAAGUAUGAUUACAUAUCACUUGUGGGGGCUUACUUGUUUCAUCCUUAACUCAUGUGAUGGACUACAUUGGCGUGGAGGAGAUACCUAAAUGGCACAUCUUAAAAAGGUGGACAAAAGAUGCUAGAGACAUCUUGCCACAACACAUUGCUCAUUUCCAAAAAGACCAGGCUGCUAAUCAAUCAUUUACCUGUCGGAGUUCGACUCUGUACCUGCAUUCUAUGGAACUGGUGAGGAUUGGAGACUCGUCAGUCGCGGCAUACGAGCUGGUACUAGGGAAGAUCAAAGACCUAAUACUGGAGGCAUCUCCUUUGGGUGAAAACAUAGAUGGACUAGGGAUUGAGGAUAGGAUAGCUGUAGAAGCAAGCAGAAAGAAAAACAUUGAUGCGGAAAUGGUUGACAAUGAGAACAACAUGACCAUGUCUGGCAAUUGGGAUGCGCUCGCUGGACUGUCAGCUCCAACCAAAAAAACAUGGCGUUGGGAGACCAAGCUCGAGCAGAGAGAAAGCACCAUAUGAAGGUCUGAGCAAGAGGACAAGGUUCUGCAGUAUGUAAAAGAGGACCACCUGCCCAGAGAGGGGUGAUGUUCCUAAGUAACCUCGCAAGCCUAUCACUUGCAAGAAUUGCAGUGUUACAGGGCACUGACGUACCUCAUGCACUAGGCUGCUUAUGCCCAAUAAUCUUAGGAUUUGUGCUGAACUUAUGUACUAGUAGAAUAAUCGAUGACUUUCCUAGUGUGUUACCUGUGGAUGAAUUUCCCAUGCUUGAUCGUCUUGACUGUAAACUAGUUGCCUUGAGCUGAAGUUGUUGUGUAUGAACCGAUAAAAACUGAAAUUACCAAACAGUGUGGUAGUAGACCAUGUGUGAUGC